GGCUGGGCCCCGGCCGGGAGGCGGAUGCGCGGGGCCGCCCAGGGCGUCGCGGAGAGAAGAGCGCGGUCUCCGCGGCGGGCGGUGUUUGGUGGGGCUGCCGCCGGCCCGGCCCUCCCGAGGGCGCGGGGUGCACGUGCGCCCCCGGCGUGGCGCUGCUGGCGCCUUGGCCUGCGGGCCUCGGUCUCCCUCACCUCCUCCCGCUUCUUGCCGCGCCCAAACACUCGCCGUCCCACACCCGCCCUCGGGCGACGGUUCCCAGCGCAGGCCCGGGGCAGAGAGGAAGGGGGUCCCUCUGAAUCAGGCUGGACGCCCUGGUUCGAGUCAACCCCUCCUCUCCUGCCAGGCCCCUCGCCUGUGGGAAACCUGGCGGAGCCUCAGUUUACUUGUCUGAAAAGUGGGUGCACAACACACCUUCUGGGAUGCUGGCCCAGGCCAGUGGCCGGCGGGCUGUGAGUAAGGUUAGCUGUCAGGUCAUGGCCACUGGGGUGCCUGGCAUCUAGGUGAGGGACAAAGAGGUAGCCCAGAGGCCAGAGUGCUUUUCUAUCCCAGAGGCACUGAGCUGCACGUCCAGAAGUGCACUCGGGGUGUGAGGGACAGAGACAGUGUGCCAUCGAGGCUGGACCUGGCCUCUGUGGGUGGGCGGUAGGACUGAGGAGUUGCUCUCACGCCGGGAGGCUUAGGGCACAGGUGGUGGAGCUGCGGCGGCGCAGAGCCUUCCUGCCCCGGGGCCUGUGGUGUGGGCGGGGCCUGGGAUGGGCAGUGGGAGGCCUGGUCCCAGGGCAGACUCCGUAAUGACUUGGUGUGACCUUGGGCAGGGCAGGAUACCCCGGAGACAACCUGGCUCGGGCGGACUCCAGCCAGGACCGCCGUGUGGAGGCGCGGCCGCAGAAGGGGCUCGUGCUCUCCAGGAGAGUGGCCGGGGAGCGUGUGGCAAGGGGGGCUGUGCUGUCCCCGGGGCCGGGCCCUACUUGCUCCAGGGUGGGUCCCCGCGGUGGCCCGGCCAGCGUGAAGGAGAAGAGCCAGUGCCACUCCGAGGCUGCGAGUCCAGUAGGGUGAGGACUGCCUCCCAGAGCGGCCAGUCCAUCCGAGGCACCUGGAUCAGGCCUCGGGGGUCCGCGAGCGAGGAGGCCGGGGCUCCUCACGGGGCCGGGGCAAGUACAGACCUUCGGGCUUCAGGCGCCAUCCGUGAAAUGGGCGGGGCGGGGCAGCCGUCCUGCAGACGGGCCGGCUGGGUCCGCGCUGCUCCCGCACGGCCGGGCCCCUGCGGAGGGAAAAUGAGGUCGGUCCGGGCCUGGGCGGGGCCGCAGGAUCUCUUUGGGCGCGCGGCGCUCGGCGGCGCCCAGGGCGCUUCCGGGGCUCCCUGACCCCAGCGGCCCGCGUGCCGCCCUGUACGGUGACAGACGGGAGAGCGCCUAUUCCAGGCAAUACGGUGGCGGCUCCUCCCUUGGCGCGGUCACGUCCCCCACGUCCCUCGCCCCGGCGAGCGGGCCGGUGGGUGGAGCUUUUCCCUUCCCACGCCCCUCGCGGUCUCGACCGCCCCAGCCCCACCAGGCCCAACGGGCUGGUGGUGGGAAGGGCCCUUCUAGUGGGGCUAGCUGAUGCAGGGACCCUGCGCUGGCCCCCUGGCUUUAGGGUGGGGGGCGGCUGCAGCCAGUCCAGCAGCGGGACAAGGUGGCCAUGUAACGGGCAGGCUAGGUAGUGCCAGGCUGGGCAGGGUCCAGGGCUGGAGGGGGCUGCUUUGGGCCUGCUCCAGCCUCCACUGCUGCCUGGCCCCUUUGAGCCUUCUAGGGGAGGGUGCCCUGAUGGUGAGCCCACAGCUGUCCACAGGGCCACCCACAGGGCCCACGGCCCCCUCCUUGUCACAGGUGGCACAGUGUUGGAGAGGGCUUGGCCUUAGUGCAGUGUCCAAUUUGACGCACGAAGCCAGCAUUUUUGCCCCACUGGCCUCUUGUGAGCCCACCCGAGACCUGAGGGCACCAGGCAUGCCCUGGGGGGCUUCGUGGUCAGUGGAAGAGGGACGGAGGGCCCAGGCUGGGCGUAACAGGCCUGGAUCAUGCCUGGGGCAGUGCCCAAGGCCCACCUCCCCCCAGCCCCAGCUGUGCAUCUGGGGUCCUGCGCAGGCCCUGGGAAGGGGACAAGCAUGCUGACCCGUGGUGCUUUCUGAGUCCUGGGCAGGCAAAGGCAUCUGGAUGUGCUGUUAACCGUUUGCACGACAGAGGCAGUGGGGAAAGGAAGCAAGGGCGCCUGGGAGGCCCUCCCUCCCCCGGAGGCGUGGCACUCCUAUGUCCAUCAACCAGCCCCUUAUGCUCCAGAGACCCUCGGGGCUCAAAUGGAGCCAAGCAGUAGCCACAAUGGGGCCGAGGCCUCCCCGUGCAGGGGGAGUCCAAGAAGGAACGCAAUUGCCCCUUCGUGCCCCGCCCGCCUGGGGCUGGUCUCCAAGGACUGGAAGUCUGCUUAGAUAACUGACCAGUCUCCUCAGAAGGUGAACCUACAGGGCGCCUGGGAUAGGCCACAGGCUCUAGAUUCGGAGGCCACCUCACUGAACCCAGGGGACAUGGCGUGCCCUGGCACCUGACAGACCCAAGGUGGGUGCACGUCAGGCACAGGGGUCUCCUGGGGGCAUGCCAGGGUGCACUGGGGACAGCAGGGUGUCUACAGCCUGGGGUGAAGCUGGCAGGAGGCCAGGUUGGCUCAGGGGCUGGGGCCUGGAGUCCUGACCCCAGCUGGGACUCAGCCAGCCAGUGGACUGCUGAGGGGGAAGCUGGCAGCACCCUUGAUUUGGGAGAGCACAAGGCCCCGGCCCCGUCGGCUGUGGUCUGCUGCGUGUGGGCAUUCCGAGGGACCCUCCCCUGCUCAGCUUACAGCCGCCUGGGGCCGUGGUAGGACCUUUUCGGGAAGUAUUGGGGGGGCAGCUCCCAGAGCCUCACCUGACCCGGAAGCGGGCACAUGCGCCCCACCAGGGAGAUCAGCUUUCCGAGGCCCGGAGGGAGGGUUAUUUCUGGGCUGGGGACGUGGUUUGCAUGCUUCAGCCCUGGGAGGGUAAAUGUCAUCACAAGGCCAGCAGGCUGGUGUGUACCCACAGAUGUGCCGGUGCCACCUCCUCCAGGUCCCAGCCAGCCCCCAGAGGGGACCACUCCUCCCAUAUUGGGUUGUCCUGGGAAUGUGGCCAGUCUGGGUCUCUGCCGGUCUUCCUCCCCUAAGGCAAGCUGGGCUGAGAAGGCCAUUUCCUCUUCGAAAUCCCAGCCCCUUCUCUACUCCACCCUCCCCUGCCCCCCCCCCCCACAGUCCCUCCAAACCUCCAUGUCCCUCCCUUUCCCUUUCCUUGCUGAGAAGCCUCACUUGGAGGACUAGCCUGUGUGGGGAUCGGGGAGGGCGGUGUUUUAGCGUGGCUGGUACCCCAGGCUGGGGGUUAGCUGGGAGGAAAGGGAAGAGCCUCUGGGGCCGUUAGGACUGGCCGGGAGGGACGACCAUGCUGCCCACGUGGGUCUCCUGUGGCCCACACAGGUCCUGAGCCAUCCUGUAGCACCUGCCCCUUGCCCUCCUGGGUCCUAGCUCAGGGGAUGCCCUGGGUCCCGUGGGUGGUCAGCAUCUGAUGAGCAGAGAACGGGGCAGCAAAGGCUGGGGGUUGUGUUCUGCUGGUGAGUGCCGGGUGUGGCUGCUGCAGCCACGGGGCUCUCCGAGGGGCCCAGCUUCUCCUGAGACCCAGGGGUAUGGUUAAGAGCUGCUGCUGACUUUCGGCUUCAGACGCACUCUCCUCUUGGGCCUCUGCAUGCCCAUUUAGUUUAUUUUUAAAAAUCAGUGAACGUCUGUAAAUCCACGACCCGAGAAAAGCCAGGAUUGUGGGGACACCUAGCCCUUCGGGGCCCCCACAGCCACCAGCCCCAUCCUCUGCCCAGGGUCUGGGGUGUUUGUGCUUUCUGCCCUGAACAGUGUCACCGCACCCUGACGCAGUCCUAAGACGGGUUUUGGGGUUUUAUUAAGUUUCCCUGCUGCUUGUACUUCGGGGACCUUUUAAGCUUGACGCUAACAAAGGGAAGGGAUACCGCAGCUUGGUGUCCCCCCCGGAGUGUUCUGGCUGCGGGGCAGCGUUUGCCCAUGUCCCGUCCCGGUGUCAGGCAGGGAUCUGGAGGGCAGAGCCCAGGGGUGAGCCGAGACUGCCCAGGCAGAGUCCAGUCCCAGGUCCCAGAUAUGCCUAGGAUGCGGAAAUGGGCCACCUGGGGGCCAGGUCACAGGGCUGUGGGCACAUCUGCAGGAGGACCGGGGGUUUCCUCGGCCUGGGUGCCCCCCCCCCUGCCCGGGGCUGGGGAGCCUUUAGCCUCAGGAACACCCUGCACCUUGCCCUCUGGUCCACGAGCCUUCUGAGCACUCGGGGGGGCGGUGCCAAAGGGUACGGGGUCUGGAAGCCCAGCGAGAGGAGAGGUUGUUCUCUUGGGUUUCCCAGGAGCGCUGCCCAUGGCCCUGAAGCCUGGCCCAGCCUAGGGUGGGGGCCUGGGCCAUGUUCCGCUCCAGUGGGCCGUGUCAGCCUUGUCAUCAGCCGGACGGCCAGCUGGCUCCUGGAAGUCCAUCAUCCAACAGUCGUGCUCGUCAACAAGUGCUUGGAAUCACCCAGAAGGGACGCACAACCCGCCCUCCUGGCCAUGGGUGGCGCCGUGGUGGACGAGGGCCCCACGGGCAUCAAGGCCCCGGACGGAGGCUGGGGCUGGGCCGUUCUUUUCGGCUGCUUUGUCAUCACGGGCUUCUCCUACGCCUUCCCCAAGGCGGUCAGUGUCUUCUUCAAGGAGCUCAUGCGUGAGUUUGGGAUCGGCUACAGCGACACGGCCUGGAUCUCCUCCAUCCUGCUGGCCAUGUUGUACGGGACAGGCCCACUGUGCAGUGUAUGCGUGAACCGCUUUGGCUGCCGGCCCGUCAUGCUCACGGGGGGCCUCCUGGCGUCCCUGGGCAUGGUGGCCGCGUCCUUCUGCAGAAGCGUCAUCCAGCUCUAUCUCACCACUGGGGUGAUUACCGGCCUGGGUUUGGCGCUCAACUUCCAGCCGUCGCUUAUCAUGCUCAACCGCUACUUCAGUAAGCGGCGCCCCAUGGCCAAUGGGCUGGCGGCCGCAGGCAGCCCCGUGUUCCUGUGCGCCCUGUCCCCGCUGGGCCAGCUGCUGCAGGACCGCUACGGCUGGCGGGGCGGCUUCCUCAUCCUGGGCGGCCUCCUCCUCAACUGCUGCGUGUGCGCCGCGCUCAUGAGGCCCCUGCGGGCGCCCGGGCCAGCUCCGGGACCCGCGCCGCAGCAGCCGCCACGCCGGCUGCUGGACCUGAGCGUCUUCCGGGACCGCGGCUUCGUCAUCUACGCCGUGGCCGCCUCCAUCAUGGUGCUGGGGCUCUUCGUGCCCCCCGUGUUCGUGGUGAGCUACGCCAAGGACCUGGGUGUGCCCGACGGCCAGGCCGCCUUUCUGCUCACUGUGCUGGGCUUCAUCGACAUCUUUGCCCGGCCCACUGCCGGCUUCAUCACAGGCCUGGAGAAGGUGCGGCCCUACUCUGUCUACCUCUUCAGCUUCUCCAUGUUCUUCAACGGCUUCACGGACCUCACGGGGUCCACAGCCAGCGACUACGGAGGCCUGGUCGUCUUCUGCAUCUUCUUCGGCAUCUCCUACGGCAUGGUGGGAGCCCUGCAGUUCGAGGUGCUCAUGGCUAUCGUGGGCACCCAGAAGUUCUCCAGCGCCAUCGGCCUCGUGCUGCUGCUGGAGGCCGUCGCCGUGCUCAUUGGGCCCCCGUCGGGAGGCAAGCUCCUGGACGCGACGCACGUCUACCAGUACGUGUUCGUCCUGGCGGGGGCCGAGGUGCUGGCCUCCUCCCUCGUGCUGGUGCUGGGCAACUUCUUCUGCAUUAGGAAGAGGCCCGAGGCGGCCGUGGAGGAGGAGCGCCGCAAGCCCCCCGCGGACGUGAGGGCGGACUCCCGGGAGGUGGAGCACUUCCUGAAAGCAGAGCCCGAGAGAAACGGAGAGGUCGCUCACACGCCAGAAACGAGCGUCUGAGCCCGGGAGGCCAGCGGGGGUGACGGAGCCGCACAGACUUCAACGCUCAUGUUUAUUUCACAGUCAGGACUAGCUUGGCCGCCCGCGGGUCUCCGGGGAGGUGGUGGGCGGGGAACCGGGUCAUUCCACACUGUGGUGAAGCUGAACCGCGAGGUCACGAGCCGUCUGCACUGGGGACCCAAGCCUGCUGACCCCGGAGCUGCCCGGUGCCCACCGCUGAGCUCAGGGACCUAGAAACCCACGCUUCAGAGACAACAUGGCAGGCAUCAGAGGGCGGGGCUGGGGAGAGCCCGCGCAGUGGCGCCAUCUCGGGAGGGGCUUCCCCAUGUUCCUGGCUACGCCCAGCCUGUCCCUCGCGGGGUGCCUGGGGGACAAAACUGCCUUCCUGGACCUCUGAAGGUCUGAAAUAAACCUGCCUGUGGGAGGAGCCACUUUGGAAGGCUCUUCACGGA